ACGACUGAUAGGAGCAAGGUUAAAACUUAAAACAUAAGCGAUUGUAUUCAACGGAGACUACCCCAAUUCAUCCGUUUACUGGCCUCGACCUGCUCCGAGAAACUGUUGGAAGCAAUCUGAAACCCCAAUUCUGGUAAAAAGAUUCUAGAUCUGAUCUCCCCUGAUCGUCGUCUCUGUCUCUGUGUGGUUCAAAGUUUCUGAACUCAACAUUUCACUGCACCGGCUUACGAGAUGCCGGUUGCUGCUUCCGCUAUCUACUUCCUAAAUCUUCGUGGCGAUGUUCUCAUCAAUCGUCUUUAUCGUGAUGACGUCGGGGGAAAUAUGGUGGAUGCCUUUAGAAUGCACAUAAUGCAAACAAAGGAACUAGGGACAUGUCCUGUGAGACAGAUUGGGGGUUGCUCUUUCUUCUAUAUGAGAAUCAGCAAUGUCUAUAUUGUCAUUGUUGUCAGCAGCAAUGCCAAUGUGGCAUGUGCCUUCAAGUUUGUUGUUGAGGCAGUUGCUUUAUUUAAAUCAUAUUUUGGUGGAGCUUUUGAUGAGGAUGCAAUCCGCAAUAACUUUGUUUUGAUCUAUGAGUUAUUGGAUGAAAUUAUGGACUUUGGUUAUCCACAAAAUCUGUCACCAGAAAUCUUAAAGCUGUACAUUACUCAAGAAGGUGUUCGCUCACCAUUCUCUUCCAAGCCUACAGAUAAACCUGUCCCCAAUGCUACAUUACAAGUAACUGGUGCAGUUGGUUGGCGUAGAGAAGGUCUUGCUUAUAAAAAGAACGAAGUGUUUUUAGACAUUGUAGAAAGUGUUAAUCUUUUAAUGUCUUCAAAAGGUAGUGUUCUACGUUGUGAUGUAACUGGCAAGAUUCUCAUGAAAUGUUUCCUUUCCGGAAUGCCCGAUUUGAAGCUAGGAUUAAAUGACAAAAUCGGCCUUGAGAAAGAGUCUGAAAUUAAAUCACGCCCUACUAAAAGUGGGAAAACUAUUGAGCUUGAUGAUGUUACUUUCCAUCAAUGUGUAAACUUGACCAGAUUUAAUUCAGAAAAAACUGUUAGCUUUGUGCCACCAGAUGGUGAAUUCGAGCUAAUGAAAUAUCGUAUCACAGAGGGUGUAAAUCUUCCAUUUCGGGUAUUGCCUACAAUCAAGGAAUUAGGCAGGACGCGAAUGGAAGUUAAUGUCAAGGUAAAGAGUGUAUUUGGUGCAAAAAUGUUUGCACUUGGAGUUGUGGUGAAGAUUCCAGUACCCAAACAAACAGCAAAAACGAGUCUUCAAGUGACAUCAGGAAGGGCUAAGUACAAUGCUUCUAUGGACUGUUUGAUGUGGAAGAUAAGGAAAUUUCCUGGUCAAACGGAGUCAACUUUGAGUGCGGAAGUGGAGUUGAUUUCAACGAUUGCAGAAAAGAAGUCAUGGACAAGACCACCAAUACAGAUGGAGUUUCAGGUUCCUAUGUUUACAGCAUCGGGAUUAAGAGUCAGAUUUCUCAAGGUAUGGGAGAAGAGUGGUUACAAUACAGUGGAAUGGGUGAGGUAUAUUACGAAAGCGGGUUCAUAUGAGAUCAGAUGCUAAGAUGAAAUCAAACCGUGUUUUUUUUGUGUGGUUGUGUUGAUUAGCUGCUUGUUUUUGACUUUGAAGGUCAAAUAUGUUGUAUUUUGACUUUAAAAGUGCUUUAUUUGAAUUAUUUGAUUGUAGAAUGGGGGUGGUUGUUUGGAAAAGAAUAAAUUUGCUUUUGAAAGUCGGAUUAUAUAUGACGAGUGGUCAUGUCCUUGUUUGGAAAA